GCUUUUCCUGAGAGAUUAAAGAUGUCUGACCUCAGCCAAGUCUCCAUUUACUCAGACUCCUCUGACAUUUACAAGAAUGUGUUUUGUAACCCUGCCUUUGAGCUGGAGGAGGAGCGAGAGGAGAGGGUGGAGGGAUUCAGGACCCCCUCAUCAACCCCUGAACCAGUCAAACCACCAGCUGCCAGCUUUGGUUGUGGAUUUUUAGAAGCGUGCUGGAUGCGUCUGCGGGGCCCUGGUCGUAGCUGGGGGGUAGUGGUGGUCUCUGCUGCCGUCCUCCUGGUGGUAACCCUGGCUCUAGCCCUGGCUCUCAUUCUCACUCAGAUGAAUGAUCCGGCUGUGGAGGACCAGCUGAUGACCACAAACACUCCAGACCUGCAGAGUGCGAGACAUGAAGCGUCCCCUCCUUCACCCACAGCCCCCUCAAACAGAAGUCGAAUAAAAACCACAGCUUCACCUCAACCUACCAGGAUACACCCAUCUGAAACAAGCUGCGGGGGUGUUCUGACCGAAUCUGAGGGCAGUUUCAGUUCUCCAAACCACCCUGGCUCCUACCCCCUGAACUCACUGUGUGUCUGGGUGAUUCAGGUCCCACCUCCCCACCUGGUCCAGAUUCAUGUCACCUCUCUGGCAGUGGAGGGGCCGUCUCCUUGUCUGUUUGACUGGCUGGAGGUGCAGGAGCUGGCUGAGGGGAGUUCUGUGGUCACCAGAUUUUGUGGUAACGUCGCUCCACCAACUGUUAACACAAACAGCAGCACGGUGUGGGUCACCUUCCACUCAGAUGGCAGCAUCGCCAGCGACGGCUUUGCUGCACAGUACAGAGCCAUGCUGCCCGGACACGAGAGCUGCGCCAGAGAAGAGUUCAUGUGUGAUGGCGGUCGCUGUCUGCUGCCUGUGUCCGUGUGCGACAGCCAUCCAAACUGCAACGACCAGAAAGAUGAGGCAAACUGCACCCACAAACACACCGGAUGUGGUGGCAAGAUGUUGGGGCCAUCUGGUUCUAUGGCGAGCCCAAACCACCCCAAGCCUUACCUUCACCAACAGUUGUGUAUAUGGUAUAUAUCUGUUGACGAGGGUCACGUCAUCACGCUGAGCUUCAGAAACUUCAGCCUGGAGACUCAGGAGGUGUGUGAGUUUGACUACGUGGAGGUGCACGACAGCAGCAACACCGGAGCUGGAAGGGUCUUGGGGAGAUUUUGUGGGACCACCGUCCCACCAGACCUGACCUCCUCUGGCCCCCACAUGACACUGGUGUUUGUGUCUGACGAGGGAGUGGCCGACAGCGGCUUCAACGCCACUUACCAGGCUGUAUCCGUACUCGACAGGACAUGUGGUCCAAACCAGUUUACCUGCAGAACCGGGGAGUGCCUCCAGCAGCAGUGGUUGUGUGAUGGAUGGAACGACUGCCCCGAUGGAGCAGAUGAGCAGGGCUGCGGCAACUCCACCUACCAUCCCUUCACGUCAUCGUGCGAGAUCAUAGAGGUGGAGAUGUGUCAGGGCCUCAGUUACAACCUCACGUCAUUCCCAAACAUCUGGCUAUCCAUCGCUGACCAGAGAGAGGCUGCCAUGCUGCUCCGACAGUAUCGGGUGCUCAUGGAGCUGGCGUGCUUCAAGCCUCUGCAGAGGCUGGUGUGUGGGAUGUUUCUUCCUCUGUGCAGUCCUCAGGGCGGCGUCCUGCAACCCUGCCGCUCCGUCUGCUCCUCUGCUGAGCAGCAGUGCAGCCAGGCCCUCGACCUCUUCUCCUUCAGCUGGCCCUUCAACUGCCACCUUCUACCCGACUCACAGAACCCGACAGAGUGCUCGCAGCCCUGAAGAUUUAACUAGAACAUACGAAAAGUUC